GGCAUCAGAGACACCUUGGCCACGCACUGGCGAGGGGCUGGCCUCAACGGCCUGGCCGCGCUCAUGGCGAACGUGUCGCUCCCUGCGUUCACCGACUGGCGUUGGAAGAAACUCAAGGAGUGCUUGGACGGCCUGAACGGUUUUAUCUGGUCUGUCAGGGGCCAUUUCGACCGUCAGGCGUUGGGCGACGUGAGAGACCGAGUGCGGGUAGAUCAAGUGCUCGGCGCGCUGGCCAGCCCAUCAUUUGAAUACGAAUUCGAGCUCAUCCAUUGGUUUGCAUCUUGGAUGGGGCGCCUGAUGGCAUUUGCAGGGUAUUGCCCCUGCCACCCUGAGAAGUGGAACACGGGCGAGAAGUUCUCAUGCGAGAGAACGGGCUGCGUCCUGGGGCUGGCCUUUGACUAUUCUAUGGCUGCUCUCAGGGCGGGAGUGGCCGAGGCCAACUCAUGGUCAGCUGACCGAUUCGGCCCUUAUCCCCAUCUCGCGCGGGAUGGACAGGGCAUGGCCAGGGCUACUCUCGCACUCGGUGCAUUGAAGGUGAAGUUCCUCGAUGACCUCCCGUACCUUAUUGGGAGACUGGGCCAGCCAGGCAUUAAGGAUAAGUGCCUGAUCUUGUACAACCGCCACCCUCCUGAGCACCACGACUCCACGACCCUGGCUGUAUUGCAGCCAGGCACUGCGCUUCGAGCUGCAGUGGACGCCAUGGGCAGCGACGGCAGCAACAUGUCGCCGUCGCUGCAACGCGAGGUCGACUCCAUUAUGUUCGCCCCGCUGGACGACACGAUCGCAGAAGGGCCGCAUGCGCUGAGUCGACAUCAAUAUCUUAGGGCCCGUCGGGCUACAUUCCCUUGGAUUGCGAGCAGCAUGCGCCUGGAUGACAACCUGAUUGACGUUCAUGAUUAUGCGACUGCCAUCGGCGCAAACUUGGACGCGCAGUGGGACGGCGCCGCGGCAAUACUCCGCCCGCCUGGACGGAUCUCCCGAUCCCACUCUGCCGUGAAGGACGGCGGUGAUGACGAUGCUGGAGGCGGCGAUCCAGGCGGCGGCGACGGGCCGACUGGCGACCGCCACCCUGGCGGCGGCCCUCCCCUUGCAGCAAAGAAGGCGCCUGUGGAAGGCUUUGCUCCUGGGGAGGGCAGCUUGUUGGCAGACUACUUGAGCAGGACGCUGGUGCCGCACCGAUACUACUCAGUGCAAGUCGAUGUCGACUACGAUGAUCCAGACGACAAUCGCGGGAAGUUGUUCUUCCAAGUGUUGAGCCUCAAGGUGCAGGCCAAAGUGAUUAAGACAGUCUCGAUGGAGCAGCCAAGCCAUGAGACGUUCGUGGUGCAUGUCCAACUACUAGAGCCAAUGAGCGACCCGAUUGGUGACGUGGUGACCGCAUAUUGCAUUGAAGACCCUAUGGGUCUUGACUUGUUCGUGUACCUCGAUGCCUCACGCGAGUCUAGACAAAGGCUCAGCAUUUGGGAGAUCAGGGACAGCGACAUCGACGAUUGCGUGGCAUUGCACAGCGCCGCUGUGGCGAAGCCAUCUGGCGAGAAGUUUUCGUGGCCCGUGCUGGCGCUCAUUGAUGAGCUCGACGACAAUGGGUGGCGCCGUGAGCUUGCUCCUAUAGAGUACAAGGAUGUUGCCUCAUCGUCGCAGUACGACGGCCGCGCGGUGCGGGUCGGCAGGCGGCAUUAUUAUCUGUGCGUGCUCUGUUUGGGCACCCUGUUCGAGAAGGGCGCCGCUCCGUUCAAGUCCACGGAGCCAGAUGCAUUCUACCAGUUGUUGAUCAAGUACCCGAGCAAAGCAGUGGCUGGGAGAACCGCUAAAGAGAUCAAGGCAAUAUUGAACGGCCUGGAGGAUGACGGUGCUUUGACUCAUGCCACCGUCGACCGCCCCUCCAAGAAGCUGAAACCAGCGGCGGCGCCAGCUCUGUCCGAUGAGGUUGUGGGCGACGACGGGGCAGAUCCAAUUGAGGACAUCGUCGACGGCGGCGUCGACGCCGAUCCACCUCCCGUCCUUGGCGCAGCUGAUGACGAUGAUGUUGCAGGUGAUUGCGGCGAGGAGGUCGGAGGGGACGGCGGCCCAACGGGUGAUGAGCCACCUCCCGUAGCCGACGCUCCAGCUCCACCACCAGCUCCCCUUGGCGGCGCCCCUGCAGGCCCCGCGAUCGGAGUCCCGCACUUCAUCGACGGCCAGCGCGUCACGUACGAGUCGCACGUGAUGCCGUCGGGAGCCCGUCACGAGGGACUACGAGUUCGUUGCUCGAACCCUGGUCACGGCGCAUGCCGAUGCUUCCGAUCGACCAGGGUCGACGUCGAGAAGUACGGGCCGCGGGCCGCUGAGUACUUCCUGGGGGCCUGGCUUCGCCUGGCCCAUGGAGCGGCCACCAAGGCCGCGCACAGGAAGCCUCGCAGAGAGGAGAUUGACGCGUAUGCACUGGAUCAUCCUUAA